AGGGGGUUCAGUUUGCUACUCGAGUCAUUUUAAACGGAAUAUUUAUUGGUACAACUCUGUAACUACCCCAUGACAUUGUAUAAUUCAUAUAACUUAACCUGUUUCUUUAACAGUCGCCAUCUACAUUAUAAGUCUCAUUCUCUAUCCCAAUGACAAGCCCACGUCUGGGCUAUUACCAAACUAACCAACUAUAGUGCCUCACUACAACUUACCUACCUAAUCUACAUUUUGCUCUACGAGGUACUCACAGAAAACACCUCACUAUCUCCUCCACAACAUCCAGAACAAUGUCAGACUCUCCCUCCCCGCCAUGGCCGAACAAUACCCGCGCAUGUCUCUCCAUAACAAUGGAUAACAUGGCUGAAGCUGCCGACCUGCACCGGGGCCUCCACCCGCCCGAUACCCCGCUCGGCCAGCACCACAGCACCACAACACAGCUCCCGCGCAUGCUGCACGCCCUCGCCGCCCGCGGCUUCAAGGCGACCUACUUCGUCGAGGGCUGGAACAACGCGCAUUACUCGGAUUUAAUCAAGCAGAUUCUGUCGAAUGGCCACGAGGUCGGCUUCCACGCAUGGCAGCACGAGGUCUGGAAACUACUAGAUGCCGAGACCGAGGUGGCGAAUCUCGAUCACGCAAUCGGCGACGCGGAGAGGUACCUUGAUGGGUACAGGUAUAAGGGCUUCAGGCCUCCGGGGGGAUUAGUGACGGAGCGAACGCUAAGUCUCAUGAAGGAGAGGGGGUUCACGUACCUUAGUCCUGCGGCGGAGCGAUGCGCGGUCAUAGAGGGUGUGGCGAUGGUGCCGUUCCGGUGGGCAGAGAUCGAUGCUUAUUUUUAUAUGGAGAGUACAGGAGUAUUGAGGGAAAAGAAGGGGGAUGGGAAGGAGGUCAUAAGUGCCGGGCGGAUGAAAGAGAGGUUGAUUGCUAGGAUCGACAGGCUAAUGGAGGAAGGAGGAUAUAUGGCGUUGCUGUUUCAUCCAUUCCUUACGGAUAGCGAGGAAAAGCAUAAAGUCAUGGAGGAGGUGCUGGAUUAUGUGAAAGAGAAAGAGAGGCAGGGGCUGUGGGUGGCCAAAUGCGAGGAGGUUGCGGAGUGGGUGCUGAAGAAUGAGAGCAGCUUUGACAGUGACCCUGGAUGGGACUGGUCAGAGUGGAAAAUGAAAUAGUCAGCCUUACGGCACGCUCGCGUGGCAUUUAAGAUCCGCUAUCUCACGAAUACCUUGAGUUUCUUUUCCCGCUCGAGUAUAGAUUCUGUCUAUCUACGUAGGUAUGUAUGAAUGUCUCUAGUUGAUUGACAAUGAAUUUCAUCCACGGCAA